UUUUCCCCCAGAGCGCCGCCGUCGAAAGCGAAACUCGCCGUCGCCGUCACCAUCGCCAUCGCCGUCGAGCGGCCAUGGCGCCGCCGCGGCAGGACUCCCCUGAGGGUUUGGAGGUGCAGUGCGCGGGGUGCGGCGAGACGCUGGAGGUGGACCCGGGCCUGACGGAGUUCAUCUGCCCGGACUGCGCCACGCCGCAGUCGCUCCCGCCGGAGCUCAUGCCGCCGCCGCCGCCGCGGCGGAAGGCGCUGCCCCUGCCCCGCGCGGCCGCCGACGUCCGGGGCGCGCGGCUCCCGUGCGGCUCCUGCGGCGCGCUCCUGAGCGUGCCCGUCGGGCUGGCGCGCUGCGCCUGCCCGGUCUGCGGCGCCGAGCUCGCCGUCGACACCGCGCGGCUCCGGCAUUACCUCCUCUCGUCCGCUACGGCGGAGGGCGCCGUGCCCGUGGUGCCACUCGGCGACCCCUCGGCCCCACCCAUCCUCCAAGCCCAGCAGGUGCGGCAAGAACAUCCUAAUUUUGGGAUUCGUGCAGGACUUUUGUGGACAGAUCCUGAUAAUCGGACAAAUUGUAUGGGACAGGUACAAACAAAUCAGCCAAAUCAGCUUAUUCCAGAGCAGGCAGAUCUGGAUAAUCCUGGUUCUACGAUUGAGAGAGGGGAGGUACAUGAUGUCAGUGGGGAGGUACAUGAUGUCAAUGGGAUUUUUGCUAAGCGGACAAGCAUGUAUUCAGUUGGCCCUGGAAUUGUUAGUCCCGAAAGGAGACAUGAAGAGCCUCAAAAUCAUGACCGCCAUCAGGCGCAAGUUCAAUCUUCCACAACACGUAUAAAUUGCAGAACUGGGCGAUCUACUGCCCCCCAAACUGUAAAUAUAGAAAAGAGGCAGCUGCUCACUCCCGAUCAGACCAUACAACAGGCAGAAAAACAGCCUUCUUGUCGUGCAAUAUGUACAGAGAAGGCUCAUGCAGAGGAUGCAGAUGGGGUGAUUCAUGUCCAGGAAAAGCAACAACAGCGUGUCAGCCAGGUAAAUCAUACAGAAGAAUUAUGCACUCAGGCGGCCAAUGAGAUAAUUACAAGGGACAACAAUGGAACGAGAGUCGGGUAUGCAGCUUGCAGUGAUGCUGCAUUUGCAGAGAGGAGGAAGGUGCAUGAAGCAAAUGACGCUAUAAAACAGGUGCAAAGAAAACAAUCUGAUUCAACGGUUCAUAUGGAACCGGAAAAUGAAGUGAUCCAUGUAGAAAAGGAACACUCAAAAUCUUUCAGUUGCAGAACCCCCAAGCAGAAAAAGAAGGGUUUGACAGCUGCUUCCAAUCCAGGCCUUCAACUUAGGCGCAGCAAACGUUUGGUGAAAGAUUCACCUGCUUCCAUAGACCAAGAACCUGUUCAAAAUGUGUUUCUUGAGAGUCAAGAAGGAACUUCGAUUAGCCACAUACCAGCCACCGUCAGAGUCAGUGAACCAACAGAAAGUGAUUCUGAUUCACUGCAUGCUGGUUCUCCAGAACAGAGUGAACCAACAGAAAAUGAUCCUGAUUGGCAGCAUGCUGGUUCUCCAGAACAGAGUUUAUCGGACUCUCCAGAUAUUGAUAGAAUCAUCAACAAUAUAAAGCCUAGUCCACCCCCUCCCUGUGAGAUGCAUGAACCAAGCUCUAACAAGUUAGACAGCCCUCAUUUAACUACACCAACUUCUAAUUCAGAUCUCAACUUGUCCGAUCCCGAGCAGUUUGCACGUAAUUACAUCCCCCUUGAGGUUAGGAAGGCCCUUCCAGCGCUGAGAUCUAAUUCAUUGUUUGAGCAUACCAUGUCCCAGGCAAGCUAUGGCGAGGCAAGCCUGCAUGAUUUAACUGAUUCAGAAGGAGACGACCCUUGUAGCCCGACUCUCCAGAAUGUUGGUACCAAGAGAAACCACAAACGUCUCCGUUGUGGUCUGAAACUCAGUCUUGAGGUGUGGACCUUGCCUAAAGGUGUGCGCAUACCGGUUUCAUUGAACACUUCAGGUGAACCUGUUGGAAAAGCGGCAGGCACCCUAAGUAACUUUUUGUGUGCAAUAGCACGAGAUGGCGUAUUGGCACCGCUAACAUAUCAUGAUUGGAGGCGUGUUCCGGAGAAAAACAAGAAUAUAAUCUGGCAUAUUGUCAAGCUCAAAUUUGACAUUGCUCCGGUUGGUGAGUUAUGGAUCAUGAAGUCCUUAGGAAAGAGGUGGAGGAGUUGGAAAUCUUUCUUGAAACUACAACACUACGAUACUCAUGAGACGGAAGAGGAACGCCUUGCUGAUCGAAAUCCUCGUGUUCUCAAAGAACAGUGGCAAUUUCUAGUUGCAUAUUGGAGUACUGAAAAGGCGAAGGCCGCAAGUGCUCGCAGUAAAGCUUGUCAGUCAAAUGUGGUCGCUCAUCAUACUGCAGGAACAAAGAGCUUUGCAAGGAUAAUCGAGGAGGAGAAGCAAAAACGGCCUAACAAGGACGGGCCCAGUGUUGAGGAUCUGUUCAUAAUGACUCAUACACCCAAGAAUGGGAAACCUAUGAAGAAGGCAACAGCUGAUGCCAUUGCACGACUUCGUAAGCAGGUAGAGAGUUCAGGAGGUGAUUCUGCUGCACAUGACUCCUCGAAGGUCCCACGAGGGAAGGCAGUCCUGCAGGCAUCCUUCAAGGAAGCCAUGGAGGCUAAACGCAGAGCUGAAGACGAGGCAUCGGCGCUGAAGGAAAAAAUGAUGGCAAUGGAAGAAAGCCAGAGAAAGAUGCAGGAAGAUUUGGCGAAUAUGAAGAGUGCAGUUAGCGCUAUACACAAGACGGCACCAACUGGUGACUUGCAAGGUCAACAAAUGCACAAAAAAACGCCUGUUAGUAAAAACUCUCAAGACGAGCCAACAGGUGGACCAUCGUUUCCUCCAGGUUUCGCAAAGAAUCCGAAUCCUUCACAACCCACGCGGCGUUCAAAACGGGCCAAGCGCUCGUGAAACUUCAUCGAUAUGUUGAUGUCCCCUGACGUUAUGAUCAUUUGACACCACCUCGUCAGCAGCUUCGAUCUUCACUCAACAUGCAAUGCAUGUCAACGGAUCUAAGAAAUGAAUGAGAAAGAGGGCGAGCCUUUAGCUGCUUGUUCAUGUGUAAUCUUUUGUCUGUUAGUUGCUGACUUGUUGUAAACUGUUGACCUUGGAUCAUGAUAUUGUGCAUAUUAUGUCAUGACAUGAUUUAUCUUGUA